GUGAAUCUCACAAUGAAAGCCCAGCCUUCCUUCGAUGACGUUUUGGGCUGCCAAGCAGCUAUGUUCGAGUGGACUGAAAGCUACGACAGUAAAGAUUGGGCACGUCUUGCAAAAUGUAUCGCCCCAGUACUCCGGGUUGACUAUCGCGCUUUUCUCAACAUGCUAUGGGAAGCUCUCCCCGCCGAGGAAUUUGUCACUAUGGCAUCCAACCCACAUUUCUUGGGUAACCCCCUGUUGAAGACCCAACACUUCGUCGGCGCCUCAAAAUGGGAUUUGCUCGAUAACGGUGGGAUGAUCGGCCAUCAUCAGAUGCGCGUGGCUCACCAGAAAUACACUGAUGAUACAAUGGUUAAGGUUGCUAUUAAAGGGCAUGCGCAUGGAAAGUGUACGUUUGCUGGAAUUGAGCCUGAUAUUCGAUGGUUCGAGUAUGACUACGAUAAGAUCUUUGAGCAUGACACGUAG